AUGAGGAAGGGGAUGCAGGAGCCAGAUCUGCAAAGGCUGCUGGGCAGGCCUCCAGAGCCUUGGGGCAGCCUGGUGCCAGACAUGACACCACCCCCAGCCUCCACCCCGUGCCAUGAAACAGACUUGGGGGAGCAGUGCCCAGAGGGUGGCAUGGGGCUCAGGGCCCAAGACAAGUCAGAGCUGUGUGGAGGCAAAUCCCCAGAGGCCCAAGCUGGGAGACGGCGAUGGCGCCGAGGACAAGGAUCAGAGGACGACCGUCUCUGCGCGUCCCGCGGCAGCAUUUAUGUCCCAGACUCCGGAGGCAACUUUUUCCGCGACUGGAAAACCGAAAUCGACUUCCUGCUCGUGAGGGAGGAGAAGCUGCGACCCCCGCGGCGGGCGUGGUGGCAGCGACUCCUGCAGCGGAGCUGGCGCGGUAAGUUCCAGAGGAACCUGCGCGCGGCCGGGCUCCUCCUGGAGGAGGAGUGCAGUCUCGCCAAGCGCCGCGCCCUCGCCGUGUACUUCGCCAAGCUGUGCGCCCUGGGAGCUGCUGGCGGAGGAACUGAGCCUGCGCGUGCUGCUGCCCGACGUAACCCGGACUCGGACGGAGGGGGGAGCUACUGCGGCGCCUUCGCCUGCUGCAACCUCUGCAGCAACACGUGCCCAAUAAGCAGCUGGACUUUCCGCCGCUCCAAGCUGGACUUAUUCCUGGGCAGGGCUUCCCAUGACUCCUACUUCUCCAGCACCCAGAGGCACCAAGUGGCAGAGAUCCUGGCCCGAACAAUCUAUGGGAAACAGAAACGUGCAGAGAUGGUCAUGGCCCGUCUGCUGACCGAGGGAGUCUACACUGCAGCCUUCCCACUGCGUGAGGGCCCCUGUGAUCUGCCCGGGUACCAGGAGGACUUUGGGGACAAGGUAGCUAUCUACUUCGCCUGGUUGGUGCAUCUGGUGUUGGGGGGAGGAGAUCUGUGCGAGCAGGAGUUCCUUCCUCAUGUGCUCACUCUGUGCCACAUGGAAUGGAUAUUUGUGACACAUGGAAUGGAUACUUGUGCCACAUGGAAUAUUUCCGAGAUCUGCCCCAUGGCCAAGCUGGGCUAUCUCUUUGACCAUCUGGGAACUGUGUUCUUUAGCAUCUUCGUGUCCUUCUGGGCCAUGGCCUUCCUGGAGCACUGGAAGCACAAGAGUACCACCUUGGCCCACCACUGGGACUGCAGUGACUUCCAGGAAGAGGAGUUGACGCCCAGCUCAGCCCUCCAGGAGUGCCCACAUCCAGAGUUUGCUGCCCUGGCCCCACAGAUGGCCCAGAACCCAGUGACAGGCCUGAAGGAGCCCUACUUCCCACCCCGCACCCGUCUUCCCCGCCUACUCACCAGCUCUGCAGCCAUCCUCAUCAUGCUCUGUGUGGUGAUGAUUUUCCUGGUGUCUGUCAUCAUUUACUGCAGCAUCAUCAGCAUUGCAAUGUUCCACACGGCCAACUCUGUGCUCAUGACCCAAGCUGGUAACAUUGCCAACAUCAGCAGCACUGUGCUCUACCUGGUACUGAUCCUCCUGGGCCAGGUCUAUACCUCACUGGCUGAGCAGCUCACCAGCGAGCCUGGAGGCUGCCUUCUCGAGCUUGCUCAACAGCUCUUCAUCAUCACAGUGAGCAAACAGCUGGUCAGCAACGUGCAGGAGUUCAUUGUGCUGAAGCUGAAGACCUGGCGGCAGAAGAGACACCUGGCCGGGCUGCUGGACACCCAGAUCAGGCAGGAGCAGCGGCGCUGGGAGGAGGACUAUGAGCUCAUUGAGUUCAAGGGCCAGUGUGAUGAACACCUGGAGAUGGUGCUGCAGUCUAGGUUCAUCACCAUCUUCGUGGCAGCCUUCCCACCGGCACCCCUGUUUGCUCUGCUCAACAACUGGGUGGAGAUCCGACCGGACACCCAGAAGUUCUGUGCGACCCCCUUGCAGGCUUUCCUCAUCGCCUUCACCUCGGACUUCCUGCCACGUCUCCUGUACCAGGACAAGGGCUUUCGCGACGCUCAGAGGAAUCUCACCCUCUUCUACUGGAAGCUGCUGGCUGUGCGUCUGGGCUUCAUCAUCGCCUUCGAGCACGUGGUGUUCUUCCUGGGCCUCAUCGCCUGGCUCGUGCCCGACGUGCCAGCCGCCCUGGCUACCAAGAUAAAGCGCGAGCGCUACCUGGCCAAGCAGGCGCUGGAGGACAACAGGGAGGCGUUACUUUCGCUGCAACCCCAGAGCUCCCAGGGUGUCCUGGAGCCCUGGACCGUGCUGGAGGCUGGACGGAGCUCCCUGGCUGAGGUAGGACCCCACCUGGCUGCCAGCAACCCCAUCCUCCUCCCGCCAGUCUUCCCAAGGCCCAGUCUGAUCUGUGUGGUGGGCCGCCUGCCAGUGUGUGACCCUCCCAGCCAGCUUGGCAUGGGUGUGGGCACCACUCAGCGCUAA